AUGGAACUGGAAAAAGAGAAAGACGAAGAGGAGAAGAAGGUAUAUUUUUAUAAUUAUGGUUUAGAAUCAAAAAGGGAGAAAAAUCUAGCUAGCUUAUAUAUAACGUUGGGUAAUAAUCAAAUAAUUUGCUUCUAUUUUUUAGCCUGCAAUGAAAACCGAAGAGGAAAUUGGAAAUGAUGACGAAAGCGAUACUGAACAAGUUAGCGAAAAUGAUAUUAAAGAGGAGGAUCAAGAAGAGGAAGAAGAAGUAGAGGAAGAGGAGAUUUUACCUCCACCAGUGGUAUGGUUUUUCUUUUCAAAAAAUUAAAUUAAGUUAAGAAUAAUCAAUACACAUUUUCAAAAAAAGUUGAAUCACAUCACACCUCAAAAACUUAUCAGAUAACUAAUUAGAUGAAAAUAUUUGCGUGACAAAUGUGAAAUUAUUGAACCAAGAAAUAAUGUUAAAAAAAACACAAUUUUUAUUUCAGGUUGAGCUCAAAGAACUGCAUAGUAAUCCUGAUUUCGCGGUCGUUUGCAGUUUCUUCAACAAAUUUUCGUUGAUGGGUAAUUUGCGUCAUUUGAGCUUUGGAAAACUGGAAACACUUUUCACCACAUAUGAAAAUAACAAAGGUUGGUUUUGGGUUUAAAAUGAAAAAGCUUUGUUUUUAAAACUGCGGAUGUCUUUCACGGUUUUCGAAAUGCCGAAAUAGAAGACGGGUUAUCACUAUAAUUUCCAUAGAAAAGUAUCACAAAAUAAAUUGACAGAACUAAAAAAAGAUUUACUUUAUUGAAAAAUGUGUAAUUCAAUAAUUGAGUACCAAUUUUGAGAUCGAAAAGGCUGUUUCACAGCUUUUGCAACGUUUAAUAUGAAUAUUAUUUUUAAGUUCCGCGAGAGCUGAUAGAUCUUCAUGUGUUUUUGCUGCGACGUAUCAAAUAUCAACAUGCUACAGUGGAUAAUUGGGAAAAAUAUUUGCGAAAAUGUUUAGCUUCUGAUCCAACUACUGUUGAAGAACUAACACGUAUUGAAAGGUUAGCUCUAAUUUUUCUCAUCACAAUUCAAAAAUAGAAACAUCGUCAUUUCCAGAUAUGGAGGCUAUGCUUACAUUUCAAUUGCUGACAAGAUUCGAAUUUUGAAAGCAUUAUGUGAACUUCAAAUUGAAUUAAAUGCAAAGUUUCGUGAAGCAGUGAGUUCGGGAUAUAAAAUGGAUGAAUAAAAAAGGAUUAGAGAAUAUCUGCCCUUGACAACACUAUGAAAGGUUUCAAAAACGGAUUAAAGAAAAGCAAAGCAUGAAUUCUGAAGAUCAGAUAAAAAAUACAAAAAAAUUGGAAAAAUGGAAGCCAAUAAAAAACUGUUUCCUUUCAGAUUAUGCAAACUUGCCGAAAUAUCGAUUUUCGUCUAAUUCCCGUUGGAACAGAUCGUUAUGGAUUAUCUUAUUGGUAUCAACAAGAUAAUGAAUGUACUAUGAGAUUAUAUACAGAGGAAGCUGAUGAUCACUGUGGUAGUACAUGGACUUUAGCUGCAAAAACACACGAUGAGCUCAAAACGUUGAUUGAGAAUUUGGAGAAGGAUGAUUUAGGAUAUGAUAAAUCAUUGGAUCCACUUGAAAAACAAAAGUUGACUGAUGUAGGUGCUAUUUUCAGAAAAAAAGACUAUUUAUAAAUAUUUUAUUUAUUGUUUUUCAGAUUCAAAAAGGAAAGAUUCCUGUGGGACAUACUGAUAAGAAGGGAACUUAUCUUGAUACUUAUAUCGAUCAAAGCUCAGUUCAAAAGCUCAAAGAUGAAGUUUUGAAGAAAAAAACGGAACGAAACAAUCGAAAGACUGGAACACAUACAAAAGUUAGGAAAUUUGUGGAGGAAGAGCCAGAAGAAGAAGAAGUUGAAGAGGAAAAACCGAAAGUUGAGGAUGAUCAAGAAGAUAAGGAAGAUGAGGUUGAAAUACCUGAAGAAUUGUUGGAAGGAAGAAGACCACGUAGAGGAGCUUCAAUCAAGGCUGCUUCAAAUCUCAAGAAAGUAUUGGGUGUUGGAACAACUCCAAAAAGAACUCCAAAGAAAACGACGGAAAAGAAAGCAUCAGUUGAACCAAGUGAUCAUGAAGAUGAAGAAGACGAAGACGAUAAUGAGGAUGAAGAUGAAGAAGUAAGUGAAGAUGAGCAAGAGGACAGUGGAGAUGAAUUUCGUCCAAAAAGUGAAAAGAAAAAAUCAAAGAAAAAGAGAGUUAAAAAAAGAAAGGCAACACCAUCUGAUGAUGAAGACGAUGAAAGUGUUGAAGAUGAAGAAAUUGUGGUUAAAGAGAGAAAAGUUGCGACUGGUGAUGCUGCUUGUGGAAAAUGUAAAACGUCAAAAGAUUGGGAAGUGUUGCUUUUAUGCGAUUGUUGUGAUGAUGCUUGGCAUACGUAUUGUCUCAAGCCAGUGCUUUGGUUUGUGCCUGAUGGUGAUUGGUAUUGCCCGAAAUGUAAACAUGGGCGGCUUAUCAAUCGAUUGAAAGUGGUUGAGGAGCGAUUGAAUGUCGAUUUGGACCUGAAAGCUAUUGAGGAUAAAAAAAAACAAGCAGCUGCAGAGAGACUUCGUAGAGAAAUGGAACAUAUUGGUGUGAAUUUGAACAAUAUCAUCCAAACUCAUCAAGUUCUUUUGCAACCGCAAAAACAAUCGAGUUCUAGUGAAAGUGAGGAUGAUGGUACACAGAGAAAGUCGAAAAAGAAAGCUGUGAAGUAAGUUUUACUCAGUCUCAAAGUAAUAUCUAGAAACUUUUUAAGUUAAUUUUGAAAAAAUCAGUUAGAUUUAGGUUUAAAACAUUCGUUUUAUUUUGAUUACGACAAGUUUAAAAACAUAUAAACUUUUAUCAUUUACAGAAAAAUGUCCAAUUGGAAUAAACCAAAACCUCAAAACAAUGUUCCGGUUUAUGUUGGUGGUCGACGCUCUUGCCGCAACACCAAUAAAGUUGAUUACAAAGGUUCGGAAUUUGAUCAAAUGAUCAAUGAAGCAGUUGAGAAUAUUGAUGGUGCUCCACUAAAAGAAGUCAAGCCACCAAAAGAGCCAGAACUUGAUGAAAAUGGAGUUCCUAUUCCAAAGGCACCAAGAGGAAAGAAACGAGCAAAGUUGAAUGAUUUGGAUGCGGUUGUUGAUAGUGAUGGUAGCAAUAAUUAUGAAGAGUAAGUUUUUGAUUUGACAUACAAUAAAAAAUUUGUUCUGAAAAAUAAUGAACUUUUUUUUCAGGGAGCAAGAAGAGACUCCAAGUGAAGAAGAGGAAGAGGCCGAAAUUGAUUCUGGUUCUGAUUUUGAGGAUGAACUUCCGAAAACUUCGAAACAUAGAAGCCGUAGAUCGAAAACUGGUGGAAGACGUAAUGGUGGUGGAGGUGGAAAAGGUCGAGGACGUAGAAAUCGUAGUUGGUCUGGUUCAUCUACUGAAGAGGAAGAAGAUGAUUGGAUUGCAUCAGAUUCCGAUGAUGGAUACAGCAACAAACGAAAACGUAAGAUCAGAUAUGAAUCGGAGCCAGAAGAAGAAGAAGAGGAUGUUGAGAAAUCAACAACUGGAAGACCACUUCGAAGAGCUGUCAAAUCAUCAGACAAGAAAAUUGUCAUUUCUGAUGAUGAUUCGGAUGCGGAAAAUUGUGGGCCAGUUCCGAAAAAGAAGUCCAAAAAAGGGUAAGUGAUUGAAUUGACGUGUUUUGAUGGUAAUAAAUGAGAUUAUUUCAGAACAUCGGAUGAUGAAUUUGAAGUAGAAAAUGAUAAUGAGGGAGAAGAGGACGAUGAAGAGGAAGAAGAGAUGGAUGAAGACAAUGAUGAAGAGGAAGACGAAGAAGACGAUGAUUCUGAUAAAGAUUCAAAUGAUUCUGAACCAAGAGGAGAGAUCAAAAGAAUGGCUGGAGCACCACCAUCUCAACAAUUACCUGUCAGACCAGUCAGACCACAAAUAUCUGCAAAAAGAGUGAGUUUCAAUUUUUUAAAUGUAGAAAAUCGAAGUACUGAUGAGUAGAUCAGGAAUGUAAAUCCCGAUUUAAAUCAGAAUAUAAUUUUGUAUUCAAAUUCAUCGAAUUUGAAUUUGAAUUUUUUAUUUAGAAUGUUAUAAAUUUACCGGAACAUAAAAAUAGUGAGAUCAAAGAGAGAGAAAAAAGGGGUAAUUCACAUGAAAUCGAAAAUAAAUAGGGUGAAUAAAAUAACUUCCCAAAUUUUUAAAAGACCUAAAUCCCGCAAGAGACCUGGUCAGUUGGAGGUUUUGACAAAGAGAUAAGAAAGAGUGUGCGAGAAUCUGGCCGUGAGGGUUCAUGAUAAAAGCGAUGCGUUCAAACCAAUAAUCAAUAUUCUGAACGAUUGCACUGAAGAAUUCAUUUCAAUGAGGUGCUAUAAAGAGUUCCACUUGGGAACUGUAUGCGAGAAAAAGGAAUUGUGACAUUUUUGAGUUAAAACUAGGCGGGCUGGGUGACGUGGAAGUGUUGAGAAGCUGAUGAAGUCAAAAGUUUCUGGCUGGUGAGAAAAUCCAUUCAGGGCUUUGAAAAGAUGAAUAAUAUUGGCUCUAGAUCUACGAGUAUGGGUUGACACCAUGUUGAUCUGUUUGAGGCGAUCCUCAUAAGAUUCAAAUGGCAUAUUACAACGAUUGAAGACUUUACGAGUGAAUUGACGUAAUGGAUUUUCUAGGUUAUUAGAUAGAUUUUUAGUUAGGAAGGGGUCGUAAUUUCAAUAGAUUCUCCAAUUUCUCCAAUUUUUAAACUGAAGUUUCAUCCAAAAUUGAAUUUUCAGCCACGCAUCAAGCCUGAUUCUAAAAAAGAGAAAACUCCUGAAUCUGACGAAAAUGACGAUGAAGAAGAUGUUCCGACCAAAAAACCUGAUGUCGCUCUACAAAAUUCUCUCUGGACUCCUGGAAAUCUUCCGGAAAAUUUUCAACCAAUGAUUGCAAAUCCAUAUCUUCGCCCUGCUGAAACAACAAGUCCAUCAAAAAUUGCUUCAAAUACUGCAGAACAAAAUGCUUUACCGGUAUCAAACCCAUAUGCUAAUGUCAGUCAGAAAAAAGAUGACCUGCAAACAAAACCCAGUGGUGCUGCUAACUAUUUAGCAUUAUAA